CAGGCCCCGCCCCUUCCGUCGAGGCCCCGUCCCCCGCUCCAGACCCCGCGAGCAUGGUGGUGCUGAAGGGCGUCCCGGCGCUGCUGUCCCCCGAGCUGCUCUACGCCCUGGCGCGGAUGGGGCACGGAGACGAGAUCGUUUUUGCAGACGUGAACUUCCCCACCUCCUCCAUAUGCAGGUGUGGCCCGGAGGAGAUCCGUGGCGACGGCCUGGGCAUCCCACAGCUCCUGGAGGCCGUGCUGAAGCUGCUGCCCCUGGACACCUACGGAGAGAGCCCGGCUGCCGUCAUGGACCUGGUGCCCAGCGACAGGACGAAGGGCCUUCAGACCCCGGUGUGGAGGAGCUACCAGUCCAUCCUGUCCGGGGCCGGCUGCACGGACACCCUGGCGAAGAUAGAGAGGUUUGAGUUUUAUGCGCGGGCCAAGAAGGCUUUUGCUGUUGUAGCAACUGGGGAGACAGCCCUCUACGGAAACCUCAUCCUCAAGAAGGGGGUGCUGGCCCCCGACGCCCUCUGCUAGGCCUGGCGAAGACCACAGGGCCCAGGAGGAGAUCUGGAUCUCUGAGCCAGACGACAGAUGAGCUGGCCCCGCUCUGGAGCACCCAGACUGCAGCCAACCGGGAGCCCCGGGGGGCCAGGCCAGUCCUGGGAGGGGCCUGGGACUGGGAUGCACCCAAUUUAUGAAAAUGUCAGAAACGAUAGUGGUUUGUCAGUGUCCAGAGGCCUCAACAACAGCCCCACCCUCACAAAGACUUGUUUGGUUCUAA